AUGUCUACCCCGUCGAACACGACAACGCCAACAGGCCCGCCCUCAAAAAUAACGGUAGUAACUCCCUCUCGUCGAGCCUUUAGCGCAGAUCCCCCAUCCCGAGGCUCAACCCGAAGAUCCAUCCAUACGCCCCUCAACAACACAACCGCCCGCGAUCUCCUCAGCUCAGUUCGAUACGGCCAAUCCGCAUCUGGACGAAAACCCAAUGCUCCAACCCCACAUGCCCGCGCGGCCAUUCGCGCCCUCGAUCUUCGCCGCGCGACAAUCUUUACGCCUGGGAGGAGCCGGAGGCGUAGUAUGCGGGAGCAGCGGGAGACGCCCAGGGACAUAUUGCGUGCACUGGGCCAGAUGCUAGCUCCUACAUCGCAGGCCAUUGCCUCUUCAUCUUCGCCCGGAGAGGAGAGGAGAACGUCCCUAGCCAAGGUACUCGAGGAAGACGAUGACGACUCGUUGCCGAUUGAUGCGCCGCGGUUAUCGUUACCAAUAGAUGUGGAUGACGAUUCGGAUCUGCGACCUCCUCGAUCGUCUGGCUUGGAGGAAGAAAACUAUACAAUGCAAUCCGUCGAGUUCCCCCGGCGGGCUUACAGUGAACAACCCUCUCGAUUGUCGAGGGGAAGCUUCGGAACCGUUGAUUUGAGCGAUGUUACCGGGACAGUUAAUCUGGAUGGCGGCGAUGACCGCGCAAACUUCCCCAUAAUGACGUUUGAAGACUGGGGGUUGGGCGCGGCGUUGGGGGAUAUCACAUUCGAACGCAUCGAUGAAACCGAGGGAAGGCGGACAACUCUGGCCCUCAAUUGUGAGAGUGGCGUUGGUCUCGAUGUCAUCACCGAUGUGAAUGAGAGUACAUUUAUGAUGAAUCUUGAACCAGCUCCUCGCGAUGAGUCCUCUGUACCUCCACUAGAAGCGAGUGACAACGAGGGCGAGGCGCCGCAGUAUGACGGCGACGAGUGGCCGUUUGGUUUUGAGGACGAAGAACCCGUCGAGGAGGGGAAGGAGGAGGAGGACGCCACAGAAGCAGUGGUGGAAGGGCAAGUACCCCGGAGGAAACGAAAGCGCGGCCCCAAGCUAUCCCAGUACGGCAUCGAGUACCCAUCUCUUCCUCCGGCAGUAAUCAAGCGGUUAGCACAAACCUUCGCCCAGACCAGUGGCGUAGCGAACACGAAGAUUACGCCAGACACACUCGAUGCUCUAUCUCAGGCGACAGACUGGUUCUUUGAACAAAUUGGGGACUCCCUCCAGGCCUAUGCGAAACACGCUGGACGCAAGACUAUCGAUGAAAGUGACGUUAUUACGUUAAUGCGAAGGCAGCGCCAAGUAGGUCCCUCUACGACGCCGUUUUCGCUGGCGCAGAGGCAUCUACCAAGAGAAUUGCUCCAGCACCUCCGAAUGCCAGUUCCCGUCCCUGCCAAGAAACGUCGGCGCAAGACUGCCGACAACCCAGAAGAAGAAGAGGAGGAGUGA